GCCGCGUCUCGAUUACAAGUCUGAUGACAUUAUCAACUGUAUAAAAAGAGAAUCCUCCAUGAAAAUGGUCCUUUCUCUAGAGAGAAGAGAAAGAAGCUCUGAGCCCUGGAAUGUGAUGAAAGCAUUGUCAGAAUUAGUGAACUUGAAAGAUAUAGUCAUAGACUUCACCCAGGAAGAGUGGGCCCUGUUGGACAUGUCCCAGAGAAAACUGUUCAGAGAUGUGAUGCUGGAGAAUGUCAGUCAUCUGAUCUCCGUGGGAAAUCAUAUCUGCAUAUCAAAUGUACAUUUCCAGCUGGAGCAAGGAGAGGAAUUGUGGAGAGAUGGAACUCGAUUUUUCCAAAACCAGAAUUCAGGGAGGGAAAUUGGUCUUAAAAAACAAGAAAUGCUAUCCAUGCAACAUAUCUGCAGGAAAGACACAUCUACCAUCAUGUCAUUGAAACUGAAAUCUCAUACUCAAAAGAAUGGCAUUCCAUGUAGUGAGUUGCCAGAAGAUUUUACUCAUAGAUCCAGAGUGACUCAACAUGUGUUAACCUACAAGAGAAAGAAACCCUGCUUCAGCAAUCUAUUUGGAAAAGUCCUCAGUGACCAGUCAUCUUUUAAUCAGCAAACACAAAUUCAUAAUAGAAGUAAAUCAUAUGAAUGUCAUUUAAUUGGUAAAUCAUUUAUUCAAAGUUUUGGGCUUGCACAUUACAAUGGAACUCACAUCUUAGAGAAACCUUAUGAAUGUCAUCUAUGUGGGAAAGCGUUCACCCGUUAUUCUAGCCUUAGAGGACAUGAGAGAACUCACACUGGAGAGAAACCUUAUGAAUGUCAUCUAUGUGGGAAAGCCUUCACUAAUUGUUCUGCCUUGAGACAACAUGAGAGAACUCACACUGGAGAGAAACCUUAUGAAUGUCAUCUAUGUGGCAAAGUCUUCAGACAUCUUUCUAGCCUUAGAGGACAUGAGAGAAAUCACACUGGUGAAAAACCCUACAAAUGUCAUCAAUGUGGGAAAGCCUUCCCUCGUUAUACUGCCCUGAGACAACAUGAGAGAACUCACACUGGAGAGAAACCUUACGAAUGUCAUGUAUGUGGGAAAGCCUUUGCCCUUAAUUCUAGCCUUAGACGACAUCAUAGGACUCACACUGGAAAGAAGCCCUAUGAAUGUCAUCUUUGUGGGAAAGCCUUUGCCCUUAAUUCUAGCCUUAGACGACAUCAUAGGACUCACACUGGAGAGAAACCCUAUGAAUGUCACCUAUGUGGGAAAGCUUUCCCUCGUUGUAAUGCCCUGAGACAACAUGAGAGGACUCAUACUGGAGAGAAACCCUAUGAAUGUCAUCUUUGUGGGAAAGCCUUCACUCAGUGUUUUAACCUGAGAAAACAUGAGAGAACACACACUGGGGAGAAACCCUAUAAAUGUCACCUAUGUGGGAAAGCUUUCCCUCGUUGUAAUGCCCUGAGACAACAUGAGGGGACUCAUACUGGAGAGAAACCCUAUGAAUGUCAUCUGUGUGGUAAAACCUUCACUCAGUGUUUUACCCUGAGACAACAUGAGAUAACUCACACUGAGGAGAUACCAUAAAAAUAUUGUUUAUGUGGGGAAACCAAACUGGAGAGAAACACUAUGGAUACCAUGUAUAUGAAAAGCAUUGGCCAAUAUUCUGGCCUUAGAUUACAUAAUAGAACUUAUACUACCAAUGUCUUGAAUAUGGAAAUGUCUUGAAUAUGGAAAUGAUUUCAGUCCUUAUGUCAACCUUUAAACAUCCUAUAGAACUCACACAUUAAAGGAACAUGGUUGUCAUCAGCCUGGUAGAGCUUUUAGUCAUUCUGACUACUUCAUCAAUUUAAGCCUGUUCAUAAAGGGGAGAACCAAUAGAAAUGUCACCUAUGUAGCAAACCCUUAGUAUAUAUGAUAUACAUAAGAGAACUCAUAAAUAUAAUGAAAGUGGAAGUGUCUUCAUCCUCUGCUUCAACUGACAGACCAAGAAGACUUUACCAGACUUCACACAAUCAUUUAUUCAUACAGCAACAAGUGAUAAUUCACACUGUAUAAGACUCUUAUUGGUGUCAUGAAUGAAGGCAUGUCAUCAGUGAUAACUCAUCCCUUAGCAAUAAUUUUCUUAUGCUGAGGAAGCAGCAAUCUUAAACUCGAUUUAGGAACAUCUUCAGUUGGAUUUCACAUCAGAAAGUUCACAGUGGAAAACAAAGUACUUUAUAUGGACCCUUUUGCAUACAAUUCAGCAAAGAGUCAAGAAUCUUGAAUAAAACUUAUUGAAAUUAUGUAGAAUAACAAUGUAGAAUUAUGAAGUGAUGAAUUUUGUAAGAAUUAAUAUGAAGUGAGAUUAAUUCAGUAGUUCAGUACUUGCAUAUAUGCAAGCCACAAACAUUGUUGCUGAAAAUCUAAUGUUGGCCAUGUUGUAGUUUUUUUUUAAUGCAGUUCUAAACAUAAAGAUUUGAAUCAAUCAGAAAAUAACUGAACGUUUACACAAAUAUUUACAACAUAAAAUUAUGAUUCUUAACUAUUUUCUUAGUAUUAUAUAUGCUUAUGGCAAGGAUGAAAAACAUGGAUAAAAAUACUUUAAAA